UUUCCUAAAACAACCGACAGUCAAAGGAAAUUAAAUGAAGCUAAUGAGUCUCCUCAUACUGGCAUGAAUAAUUCUUUUAUCUCCAGUGCCAUCAGUUUUGUACAACAACAACUACCCGCAACCCUAAGUGCAACCUCUCCGUCAUUCCUUUUAAUGCACCCAACCACGAUGGACUGGAUAUGAUCAACAGCCCUAGCAAGGUUGUAGGGGCCAAUAUUUCGCUAUCGUAACGGUUUAGAUAUAAACCGUGGCGGGCGAGCAUGCGAAAUCAGGAUUAUUCAGGCCGAGGGCUCACUGUCCUCGUCUUCAGUGAUGUUAUCAUGUUCCUGGCAAUUAUCGCAGUUUUGAUGAGACUCUUUAGCCGGUACUUUAUACUGCGUACUUUGGGAGUAGACGAUUGGUUUGCCCUAGCUGCCUUGGUCGUAUCCAUAGGGAUGGUGUUGGCCAUCAACCUAGGUGUAAAAUAUGGAACAGGCAAGCAUGACGCUGAUAAUAACAUAAAUACAGCCAUACUUGGAAAGAUACGAUUAGCAAUCCAAAUACUAUACAUCUUCUCUAGUGGACUCAUAAAAAUCACUAUUCUAAUGCUCUAUUACCGACUAUUCCACAGACUUCGCAUUUGGGUUAUCAUCACAAUCGCCUUUGUUGUCGUGAUGAGCAUUGCCUUUACCUUUGUUGCAGUAUUCCAAUGUGAGCCGGUAGGAAGAUUCUGGACUACCUAUCAUGGAGUAAAUUGUAACUGCAUCUUGACUCUUGUUUUCUGGUGCAUUGUUGCUGUUAUCUUUCUUGUAUCCAACUUGUGGAUCACGAUUCUGCCCCUCAAAACUAUAUUAGGACUUCAUCUUGCUUGGGAUAAAAAGAUCACCGUUAUAACGUUUUUAGGCUCGACAGGAUUCAUCACUUGUGUUUCCGCUGCCGUCAGACUUGCUUAUGUGGUUGUGCUUUACAAACACCACGAUUAUUCCAGGAAUAGUAUUCCUGUAUAUCUUUGUUCGGUUAUCGAGAUCUGCGUUGCGUUGAUUGCAUCCAGCAUUCCAUCACUUAGGUCAGGGUUUCCAAAAUCUAUGGAUAGGUUGAAUUCGUGGAGACAAAAGGCAAGCGAUCCUGGAUCUUCAAGUUGUACGGUUUGACCUCUCACAACCAUUGGUAUGGCAUCUCCAGCAACUUCCGGGUCUGGCCCUAUGUUUAGGCGGACAGGUAGAAGCCUCAGAAGAUUUGAGAAGAACAGGAAGCAUAUUUUACACCUGUAAUCAAAUAUUCACUAUCCAAAGGGUAUGUGUGUCUUGUGGGUUGGUCGGUUAGUAGGGUACUCGUACUCUGUAUUCGUUACUACUGAAUAGGAUUCCUGCGGAAAUCGAGU